AUGUUGGAGUGUGAUCAUUUACACCCACCGGAUCCAUAUAACCAAAUUGUUGAGGCACAGUUACGCGAGACUGGAUUUUAUUAUGUAUCCCAAAUUGGAGUUAUUAAAGGCCAGUCAGCAAUGAUUACUGCUCUGAUUGAGAGAUGGCGGCCCGAGACUCAUACAUUCCAUUUUCCGGUUGGUGAGUGUGCAGUGACCUUGGAGGAUGUGGCGGUAAUUCUCGGUCUGCCAACAAAUGGUCUUCCGGUUACAGGUCCGACCAUGAGUAGCUUUGAGGCAUUGGAAGCCGAGUGCUUGCACCACUUUGGAGUUUCACCCAGGAAAAAUGAAUGUAGAGGGAGCUUUAUAAAAUUAACGUGGUUUAGGGGUGUGAGAGAUCGUAUAGUGUUGAAUGAUGUUGUUAGCAUGCAGAUGUAUGUAAAGUGUCACAUAAUGUUGUUAUUUGGGAAAGUUAUAUUUACAGAUAAGUCGGGUGCAGGGGUGCACUGGAAAUUUUUACCCUUGCUCCGCAACUUCGGCCAGAUCAUACAGUUUAGUUGGGGUUCGGCAUGCCUGGCACACUUGUAUAGAUCAUUGUGCAGGGCAACUCGUGUCGACUGCAAGGAGAUGGACGGUCCAUCUACAUAA